ACCUCGCACCAAGUCUCUCGCCAUGCCUCUCUACGAACUCUUCUGCAUAGCAGUCCACAACCCCGUCUCCUCUGUCAACUUGCGGGGCAUCGUUAACACGGUCUCGACCCAAGUUCACCAAUCCGGUGGUGUCGUCCGGGACUUGAAGAACAUGGGGCUGAACUUGACACUGCCGCAAAGGAUACGGAGGAUGAGGCAGUACUACACGAAGGGGGAUCAUUUCACAAUGGCCUUUGACACUUCGCCAAUCGUCUUGAAACGCAUCAACGAAACCCUCAGAAGUGACCCCUCCAUCAUUAAAUGGACAGUACUCAAACGUGCCCAGAAAGUCAAGGAUCUGGCGGCUCCUAGAAAUCCAUCAAUCGAGUUCCAGGAGAUCGGGGUGGCCGACAAGCACACGCCUUUCUAAAGAAGCAAAUAGGUGCGGGCGCGCUGUAGAGGGCAGGCAGGCUGCAUGCUCGGGGAACGUUGAUGGUGGCGGGGCACGAGAGGCGCACUGGGGUGGCAGGGAAGCAGAAUCGCAAAGACUUGUGGUCGGGGAUCCUCGUCUUUUGUUACAAUUUGUACAACACAUUGCAUACGAUAUUUCAAA